UGCUCUGACGUACAUUGAAGGUUUAAGUACUGACUUCGAGGAAGUUGAAGAAGGCGAACGUUCGAGUAAAAUAGAUAUGAUAUAGAAAACGUUCAUCCUAUCGAAGCAAUCGUGGGUUCCAGUACGAACGCUAGCCUCAUGGAACAAGGUGAACGAACCAUCGAGCAAGUGGAGGAUUUCAGUGCACAGGACGCAAUCCCCAUGGUACCAGCAAAUGGUUCAAUUACACAAAACGUAAACCCUAUGGAACCAAACCAAGGCUCCAGUUUACAAGUUGCAAGCCCCAUGGAACAGGAUGUCAAUGCUGUAGCUCUAAAUGUUUCUCCUAGAAAAAUAACACCUUACUACAGAAAACGUAGCAAAAAGACUGGCGAUGGAAAUGGCCAUGACAAUAACGCAUCUCCAAAGAAAAGUAAAAUAGAUCCCCCGGAUCCCUAUAAAGUGAUUCAAGUCCACAUGAGGAGAAAUCACGCACCAUACAUCUCAGCCUUUCUCUCAAUAUAUCCUGGUGUUGAUUUCGGCAGUCAGGAAGGGAGAGAUUGUGUGUUUGAGGCUAUUGAUGACAAUAACUGUGAAAUGUUAAAGUUAUUUCUGAAGCAUUCUCCAAGUUU